AGAGAUAUAUGUGCCUCCGGAAAAAGUCCUGCCUCUGGUCUGUAGGAUCCUCUGCGUUGGUCAGAAUUCUUUGGAGGGAAGAGAGCAGGAAUAAUCCAAGUCCACCACAAUGGCAAAAUGCGGAGAGUGUGGGCCGGGAUACAAAACCCCACUGGAUGCAAUGAAAGGGCCACGGGAAGAGAUCGUCUAUCUGCCUUGCAUCUACCGAAACACGGGAACAAAAAAACCGGAUUAUUUGGCCACUGUGGAUGUGGACCCCAAAUCCCAUACUUACUGCCAAGUCAUCCACCGCCUGCCAAUGCCCAACGUCAACGAUGAGCUGCACCAUUCCGGCUGGAACGCCUGUAGCAGCUGCUUCGGGGACACCACCAAGAAGCGCAACCGUCUCAUACUUCCCAGCCUGAUCUCGUCCCGGAUUUACGUGAUCGACACCGGCACCAACCUGAGGGCCCCUAGGAUCCACAAGGUUGUCGAGCCCAUUGAUGUCUAUUGGAAGUGCAACUUGGCAAAUCCUCACACCACACAUUGCCUGGGGAAUGGCGAAAUCAUGAUUAGCACCAUGGCUGACCCUUCCGGCAAUGGAAAAGGGGGUUUUGUACUGCUGGACGGAGAGACCUUUGAGGUGAAGGGCAACUGGGAAAAAGGCUCCAAAGUCCCACCGUUUGGCUACGAUUUCUGGUACCAGCCUAGGCACAACGUCUUGAUGAGCACCGAGUGGGGAGCGCCCAAGUGCUUUGCCAAUGGGUUUAACCCAGCAGAUUUGGAGAAGGGCUGCUAUGGUGGAAACAUCAACAUCUGGGACUGGACCACCCAUGAAUUUAUCCAGACAAUCGAUGUGGGCAAGAACUCCAUUCCGCUGGAGAUCCGAUUCCUCCACGACCCGGAUGCGGCCGAGGGGUACAUCGGCUGCGCUCUCAGCAGUGCCGUCCACCGUUUCUACAAGACCCCGGAAGGAACCUGGGUAGCAGAGAAGGUGAUUCAAAUUCCCAACAAGAAGGUCGAAGGAUGGCUUCUCCCGGAAAUGCCAGGCCUGAUCACCGAUAUCCUGAUCUCCCUGGAUGACCGCUUUCUCUACUUCAGCAACUGGCUUCACGGAGAUAUCCGUCAAUACGACAUUUACAACCGUCGGAAGCCCAAGUUGGUGGGACAGGUGUUUCUGGGAGGCAGCAUUGUCAAAGGGGGUCCUGUCAAAGUGAUCGAUGACCCAGAACUGGACUGCCAGCCGGAUCCAUUCGUCAUCAAGGGCAAGAGAGUUCAAGGUGCCCCCCAGAUGAUCCAGUUGAGCCUGGACGGAAAACGGCUGUAUGUCAGCACCUCUCUCUACAGCGGAUGGGAUAAGCAGUUCUACCCAGACAUGGUCAAGGAAGGCUCUGUCAUGUUGCAAAUCGAUGUGGACAGCAAGAAAGGAGGCUUGGAAGUGAACAAAAAGUUCUUAGUGGAUUUCGGGAAAGAGCCAAAUGGGCCAGCGCUGGCCCACGAGAUCCGCUAUCCGGGCGGCGACACCACCUCUGAUAUCUGGAUCUAACUAUCUCCCCGGCUUCAAACUGUCUGUCAUGCUAGCAAAAGUUUUUUCCUUGAAAUGCUACUUCUUCCUCGUCUGCUUGUGUGUGCGGUUCCCUCUGGAUGGGAUAUUCCUUGUUCUGCCACAAGAGGCCGCUCACACCCACUUCAUCCGCUUUGCUGUCACCAGGCCUGAACCCCAGGACUUUUGAUACAAGAUUUUAAGCAUCUCCAUGUUCCCAACCAGGGAAUUGCACAUUUUUACCCAGAAGGAAAUAUUUUAGGCAAUAAUUGUCCCCACAAUUUUCUCAGGGAAGGCAUGGGAGCAGAAAACCCACAUUUUUCUAUCUUGAGACUCCUGUAGCUGAGGCAUCCCUCAAGAUGCUGUGGGAUGAACAAAGCAAAUGAUUUGAUUGCUUGUGUGCAAGUAGUCCUCAACUUACGACCACGAUGGGGGACCAGAAUUUUCAUUGCUAAGCAAGGCACUUGUGAAGUGAGUCGCACCUUUUUUUUGUCAUGGUGGCUAAAUAAAAUCACUGCAGUUAUUCAGUCAAUCAUGACACGAGUCUGACUUCCUCCAUUGACUCUGCUUGUUGGAAGCUGGCACAAAUACUGAUCACAUGACCCAGGAGGCUGCGACUGUCAUAAUUUCAUGCUGGUUGCCCAGUGCCCAAAUUUUGAUCACGUGACCGUGGGGCUACAACGGUCGUAAGUGUGAGGAUCUGUCAUAAGUCUCUUUUCAGCGCUGUUGUAACUUUGAACGAUCAUUAAGCAAAUGGCUGUAAGUCGAGCAUUAGCUGUAUUUGGAGAAAUACAAACUCAUCCUGUGGGGGUUUUUUUGGCAAAUGUCAAAAAUCUUUUGAUUCAGAAAUCGUGGAAUACAGAGUUGUGUGUGAUUUAAUGAGCAACAGAGCCAUUCUUGGAACGUCUUAGCGUUACCUCUAGCACGAUGCUUCAGAAAUAGACGAAUACAUUUCUUUACCUUUGCUACUCGCUGUUCUUUUAAAAAAAAUAAAUAAUAUUUCAAGACCAAAGGGUUUCUCGCCUACGCAGAUUUCUUCUCUCCAAUCUGACUGUGGGCUAACCACUAAGAUCCACCCGCCACCAUCAUGAGCCCUCAGUGGCUGCUCCUUCAGUCAUAACAUUAAGGGCAGGUGGCAAAGGAGCGUUUCUCAUAAAAUGUGUGAGGCUGAAACCUGAAUGUCUGUAGCCCAGAGCUCCAGGGCUCCCGGCGGUGUUCACACUUUCGUUUUCAGCUCUGAAAUAUCUAGCCCUUUAAUCUACGGAGAAGAAAACACACAGCCAAAGAAGCAGUAAUUGCCCUCCGAACCCUUCAUAGUUUGGUUCCACCUUCAGUAGCUUAACAAGCCUUUAUUUGAUAAAUGGUUGGAACUCCU